CAAGCACUCCCGAUUGCACAAUGGAUAUCUACAAAUUUGCUGCUGAUUUUACUAGCGUUGGUGUGGGCGUUGUCACAGUGUUCUUCCUACCAGCGAUCUUAUAGAAUACCUUCAUACCAUGACUUCAAGCGGCCCUUUCUUCUAGCAUCUCAAUUUCAACAAUGAUACCUCAUCCUACGUUCUUUGGCGUGUCGCAUUCACCAGAGGACAUUAAGCCUGUUAGCUGCAAAGGCUAUGCCACCAGAUUGCAGAAUCAUGGCCUGGAGUCUGGUGUGGAUAUGGCUAUACCUACCAACACUGCCCCUCCAAGAUACCCAGAGGCUCCGAGAUGUCUUACUUUUGACAUGGGGUCAAUCACCCCUGCGCCGCAACGCCGAAUGAACCAUCAUAGGGUGCAGAUAUUUACUGCCCAAGAGGAUGAUACUAACAGCAGUAAAGCCAUAGCAGAGUAUUGUUGCCGAAAUUCGACUUUGGAGCAUGUUUUCACGGGGUGGGAAAGACAGGGAGCAAGUCAGCAGUACACUAAGUUAUGGUUGGAGAUGACGCCAGGGAACUACAUCGGUGAUUGUCACCUGAUAAUGGAUCCCUGGGGAGAUGGAUAUAGCUCUAUGAGAGGGAAACACUACCUACCGACCUACCUCGUCUUGCUCAGGAUUCGCCUUACCGAACGACAACCUAAACAACAAGCAGCAACAACAGCAGGAAAACAAGGAACACACGGAGCCACCAACCAGCCAAUCACCACCAGCCCCAGCUUAAGGAAUAGAAUUAACCACAAGGCUCAAAGCUUAGAAGGUACCACUACCGUACCAUACCCGACUAACCAGGACACCAGAAGAAAGCGUUCGUAA